CUCCAGGGGCAUCGGCCAUCAUCGUAGCACUCACAACUCUUUUAACUUUAGUCUGUUGUGAGCUGUAACGCCGUGCGAGCGCCACCAUCGGAGGCCCGAUUUGCGACGAUCACAGCCGUUCGCCGUUAAGCAUGACGGAGUUUCUGGAGCUGGAAGCUCAAGAUGCGGUGCGGAUGCCGUGGAACGUCUUGCCGGGGACGAAAUCCGAGGCGGCGCAAUGCGUGAUUCCGGUCUCCGCCAUCUACACUCCCUUAAAACCCUUCCCGGACCACCCGGUCCUCCCCUAUGCUCCGCUCCGCUGCAGGAACUGCCGAUCGGUGCUCAAUCCCUUCUCCGUCGUCGACUUCUCCACCACCAAGAUGUGGAUCUGCUGCUUCUGCUUGCAGCGCAACCAUUUCCCCGCCAAUUACCAGUCCAUCUCCGACACUAACAUGCCCGCCGAGCUCUUCCCUCAGUACACCACAAUUGAAUACGAGAGCGCCCCCGAGAGAGCCGCCGUCACUAGCCCUGUCUUCCUCUUCGUCAUCGACACCUGCCUCAUUGAGGAGGAGAUUGGCUUCCUCAAAUCCUCCCUCUUACAGGUGUUAGGCACAUUGCCUGAGAAUUGCUUGAUUGGGUUAAUAACUUUUGGUUCAUAUGUUCAAGUUCAUGAGCUGGGCUUUGGGCAGAUUCCAAAGGUUUAUGUGUUCAAGGGGUCGAAGGAGAUCACUAAAGACCAAAUUUUGGAGCAGAUGGGUUUCUUUAUCAAGAAACCAAAACCAACUACUGGGGUUAUUGCAGGUGCAAGAGACGGGCUUUCACAGGAGAGUAUUUCAAGGUUUUUGUUGCCGGCAUCAGAGUGUGAAUUUACACUCAACUCAAUAUUGGAAGAGCUUCAAAGAGAUCCUUGGCCUGUGCCUGCAGAUCAACGAGCAGCUAGGUGCACUGGCACUGCAUUGAGUGUGGCUGCUCAUUUGUUGGGAGUAUGUGUUCCUGGUUCUGGGGCCAGAAUCAUGGCAUUUCUAGGUGGGCCCUCAACAGAAGGGCCAGGUGCUAUUGUUUCAAAGAGCCUGUCUGAACCUAUACGGUCCCACAAGGAUUUAGACAAAGAUUCUGCCCCAUUAUAUCACAAGGCUGUAAAGUUUUAUGAAGUACUUUCAAAGCAGCUUGUACACCAAGGACAUGUACUUGACGUCUUUGCUUGUGCUCUGGAUCAGGUUGGGCUUGCUGAACUUAAAGUAACAAUUGAAAAGACUGGAGGGAUUGUUGUUUUGGCGGAAAGUUUUGGCCAUAAAGUUUUCAAGGAGUCACUAAGAAAAGUAUUCAAGUCUGGAGAAAAUGAUCUGGGACUAUCCUCAAAUGGCAUUUUUGAGGUAAAUUGCUCAAAAGAUAUCAAAGUUCAUGGAGUUAUUGGUCCUUGUGCAUCACUUGAAAAGAAAGGUCCUCUGUGCUCUGAAACUGUUAUUGGUCAGGGAAAUACCACAGCAUGGAAGAUGUGUGGUCUUGACAGAACUACAUCCUUAUGUUUAGUGUUUGAAAUUAGCAAGAAGGAGAACCCAGAUGCUAUUGCUCAAUCUGCGAACACGCAGUUUUAUUUCCAGUUCUUGACUUAUUAUCAGCAUACAAAUGGACUAAUGAGGCUUCGUGUUAGUACCCUCUCCAGAAGAUGGGUUGCUGGACCUGGAAGCAUACAGGAACUAAUUGCUGGAUUUGAUCAAGAAACUGCUGCUGUAGUAAUGGCACGCCAAGUUUCUUUCAAAAUGGAAACUGAGGCUGAAUUUGACCCUAUAAGAUGGCUGGAUAAGUCAUUGAUACAUAUGUGCUCCCGAUUUGGUGACUACCAAAAGGACAGUCCUUCAUCUUUUAGUCUUUCUCCUCGUUUCUCAAUAUUUCCACAGUUUCUAUUUCAUCUACGGCGUUCUCAAUUUGUUCAGGUCUUUGGCAAUAGCCCAGACGAGACAGCUUAUUAUAGAAUGAUUCUGAACCGGGAAAAUGUUUCAAAUUCUGUUGUGAUGAUUCAACCCUCUUUAAUCUCCUACUCCUUCCAUUCUGUCCCCGAACCGGUUCUUCUUGAUGUGGGCUCAAUUGCUGCUGAUAGAAUUCUUCUUUUGGAUUCUUACUUCACUAUUGUUGUAUUUCAUGGAUCAACCAUUGCUCAAUGGCGAAAAGCUGGAUACCAUGAACAGCCUGAACACCAGGCAUUUGCUCAGUUAUUGCAAACACCUCGGGAGGAUGCAGAAUCAAUUAUACGAGACAGAUUCCCAGUGCCUCGUCUGGUCAUUUGCGAUCAGCAUGGAUCCCAGGCUCGGUUUUUGCUUGCGAAGUUGAAUCCUUCGGCCACAUACAACUCAGAUGCCCCUCCUGUUCCCGGAGGUGAUAUCAUAUUCACCGACGACGUUAGUUUUGAAGUGUUUUUGGAUCAUCUUCAGCGGUUGGCAGUUCAAUAGAAGGAACUAUUCUUACAUUACAUCUCCAAGAGGUUAGCAGUUAUGAUACAAACCCAACCGAUUUUGUAAUAUUUUUGUUUGAAUUGACUGUGUACAGUAAUACAUAAAAGACCUUUUUUAAUUUAAUUGCUAUUUCAGCUUGGAUCUGUUAGUGGAAAAAAGAGAGAGAUUGUAAUGCAGCUUCUAUAGCUUUGUCUCAAUAAUAUAGACAAGUGAAA